CUCAAUCGUGACACCCCUUGUUUCUCCUUCUCAGUAGUGACGCCGCGUGUUGUCCCCCUUUCAGUAGUGAUGUUCUUUGUUGUCACCCUCUCAGUUGUGAUGCCCCUUGUUGUCCCCUCUCAGUAGUGAUGCCCUUCUUGUUCCCUUCCCAGUAGUCAUGCCCCCUUGUUGUCCCCCUCUCAGUAGUGAUGCUCCUUGGUGUCCCUCUAUCAGUGGAGAUGUCCCUUGUUGCCCCCUCUCAAUAGUGAUGCCACUUGUUGUCCCCCUCUCAGUAGUGAUACCCCUUGUUGUCCUACUCUCAGUCGUUGUGCUACUUUUUGCCCCUUCUCAUUAGUGAUGCCCCUUGUUGUCCCUUCUCACUAGUAAUGCCCCUUGUUGUCUCACUCUCAGUAGUGGUGCCACUUGUUGUUCCUUCUCAGUAGUGAUGCCCCUUUUUGUCUCCCUCUCAGUAGUGAUGCCCCUUGUUAUCAUUUCUCAGUAGUGAUACACCUUGUUGUCCCUUCUCAGUAGUGAUGCCCUCUUGUUGUCUCCCUCUCAGUUGUGAUGCCCCUUGUUGUCCCCCUCUCAGUCGUGAUGCCUCUUGUUGUCCGCCUAUCAGUAGUGAUGCCCCUUGUUGUCCCCCUCUCAGUUGUGAUGCCCCUUGUUGUCCCCCUCUCAGUUGUGAUGCCCCCUUGUUGUCCUCCUCUCAGUCGUGAUGCUACUUUUUGCCCCUUCUCAUUAGUAAUGCCCCUUGUUGUCCCUUCACAGUAGUGAUGCCCCUUGUUGUCUCCCUCUCAGUAGUGAUGCCCCUUGUUGUCCCUUCUCAGUAGUGUUGCCCCUUUUUAUCUCUCUCUCAGUAGUGAUGCCCCUUGUUGUCCUUUCUCAGUAGUGAUACACCUUGUUGUCCCUUAUUAGUAGUGACGCCCUCUUGUUCUUUCGCUCAGUAGUGAUGCCCCUUUGUUGUAUCCCUCUCAGUAGUAAUGCCCCUUGUUGUCCGCCUCUCAGUAGUGAUGCCCCCUUGUUGCGCCCCUCUCAGUCGUGAUGCUACUUUUUGCCCCUUCACAUUAGUAAUGCCCCUUGUUGUCCCUUCUCAUUAGUGACUCCCCCUGGUGUCCACACUCAAUCUUGACGCCCCUUGUUUCCCCUUCUCAGUAGUGACACCGCGUGUUGUCCCCCUCUCAGUAGUGAUGUUCUUUGUUGUCUCCCUCUCAGUUGUGAUGCUCCUUGUUGUCCCCCUCUCAGUAGUGAUGCCCCCUGGUGUCCCCCACUUAGUAGUGAUACCACUUGUUGUCCCCUCUCAGUAGUAAUGCUCUUCUUGUUCACUUCUCAGUAGUGAUGCCCCUUGUUGUCUCCCUCUCAGUAGUGAUGCCCCUUGUUGUCCCUUCUCAGUAGUGAUGCCCCUUUUUGUCUCCCUCUCAGUAGUGAUGCCCCUUUUUGUCUCCCUCUCAGUUGUGAUGCCCCCUUGUUGUCCUCCUCCCAGUCGUGAUGCUACUUUUUGCACCUUCUCAUUAGUGAUGCCCCUUGCUGUCCCUUCUUAGUAGUGAUACCCCUUGUUGUCUCCCUCUCAGUAGUGAUGCCACUUGUUGUCCCUUCUCAGUAGUGAUACACCUUGUUGUCCCUUCUCAGUAGUGAUGCCCUCUUGUUGUUUUGCUCAGUAGUGAUGCCCCUUGUUGUCCCCCUCUCAGUUGUGAUGCCCCCUUGUUGUCCUCCUCUCAGUCGUGGUGCUACUUUUAGCCCUUUCUCAUUAGUGAUGCCCCUUGUUGUCCCUUCUCAGUAGUGAUGCCCCUUUUUGUCUCCCUCUCAGUAGUGAUGCCCCUUGUUGUCCCUUCUUAGUAGUGAUGCCCCUUGUUGUCUCCCUCUCAGUAGUGAUGCCCCUUGUUGUCCCUUUUCAGUAGUGAUGGUUCUUGUUGUCUCCCUAUCAGUAGUGAUGCCCCUUGUUGUCCCUUAUUAGUAGUGAUGCCCCUUGUUGUCUACCUAUCAGUAGUGAUGUCCCUUGUUGUCUUCCUCUCAGUAGUGAUGCCCCUUGUCUCCCUCUCAGUAGGGAUGCACUUUGUUGUCCCUUCUCAGUAGUGAUGCCCCUUGUUGUCUCCCUCUCAGUAGUGAUGCCCCUUGUUGUCUCCCUCUCAAUAGUGAUGCCCCUUGUUGUCCCUUCUCAGUAGUGACGCCCCCUGGUGUCCCCCACUCAAUCGUGACGCCCCUUGUUUCCCCUUCUCAGUAGUGACGCCGCAUGUUGUCUCCCUCUCAGUAGUGAUGUUCUUUGUUGUCUCCCUCUCAGUUGUGAUGAUCCUUGUUGUCCCCCUCUCAGUAGUGAUGCCCCCUGGUGUCCCCACUUAGUAGUGAUACCACUUGUUGUCCCCUCUCAGUAGUGAUGCCCUUCUUGUUCCCUUCCCAGUAGUCAUGCCCCCUUGUUGUCCCCCUCUCAGUAGUGAUGCUCUUUGGUGUCCCUCUAUCAGUAGAGAUGUCCCUUGUUGCCCCCUCUCAAUAGUGAUGCCACUUGUUGUCCCCCUCUCAGUAAUGAUGCCCCUUGUUGUUCCCCUCCCAGUUGUGAUGCCCCCUUGUUGUCCUCCUCUCAGUCGUGGUGCUACUUUUAGCCCUUUCUCAUUAGUGAUGCCCCUUGUUGUCUCCCUCUCAGUAGUGAUGCCCCUUGUUGUCUCCCUCUCAGUAGUGAUGCCCCUUGUUGUCCCUUCUCAGUAGUGAUGCCCCUUUUUGUCUCCCUCUCAGUAGUGAUGCCCCUUUAUGUCCCUUCUCAGUAGUAAUGCCCUCUUGUUGUUUUCCCCCUAUCAGUAGUGAUGCCUCUUGUUGUCCGCCUCUCAGUAGUGAUGCCCCUUGUUGUCCCCCUCUCAGUUGUGAUGCCCCCUUGUUGUCCUCCUCUCAGUCGUGAUGCUACUUUUUGCCCCCUCACAUUAGUAAUGCCCCUUGUUGUCCCUUCUCAUUAGUGACUCCCCCUGGUGUCCACACUCAACUUGACGCCCCUUGUUUCCCCUUCUCAGUAGUGACACCGCGUGUUGUCCCCCUCUCAGUAGUGAUGUUCUUUGUUGUCUCCCUCUCAGUUGUGAUGCUCCUUGUUGUCCCCCUCUCAGUAGUGAUGCCCCCUGGUGUCCCCCACUUAGUAGUGAUACCACUUGUUGUCCCCUCUCAGUAGUAAUGCUCUUCUUGUUCCCUUCUCAGUAGUGAUGCCCCUUGUUGUCUCCCUCUCAGUAGUGAUGCCCCUUGUUGUCCCUUCUCAGUAGUGAUGCCCCUUUUUGUCUCCCUCUCAGUAGUGAUGCCCCUUUUUGUCUCCCUCUCAGUUGUGAUGCCCCCUUGUUGUCCUCCUCCCAGUCGUGAUGCUACUUUUUGCACCUUCUCAUUAGUGAUGCCCCUUGCUGUCCCUUCUUAGUAGUGAUACCCCUUGUUGUCUCCCUCUCAGUAGUGAUGCCACUUGUUGUCUCUUCUCAGUAGUGAUACACCUUGUUGUCCCUUCUCAGUAGUGAUGCCCUCUUGUUGUUUUGCUCAGUAGUGAUGCCCCUUGUUGUCCCCCUCUCAGUUGUGAUGCCCCCUUGUUGUCCUCCUCUCAGUCGUGGUGCUACUUUUAGCCCUUUCUCAUUAGUGAUGCCCCUUGUUGUCCCUUCUCAGUAGUGAUGCCCCUUUUUGUCUCCCUCUCAGUAGUGAUGCCCCUUGUUGUCCCUUCUUAGUAGUGAUGCCCCUUGUUGUCUCCCUCUCAGUAGUGAUGCCCCUUGUUGUCCCUUUUCAGUAGUGAUGGUUCUUGUUGUCUCCCUAUCAGUAGUGAUGCCCCUUGUUGUCCCUUCUUAGUAGUGAUGCCCCUUGUUGUCUACCUAUCAGUAGUGAUGUCCCUUGUUGUCUUCCUCUCAGUAGUGAUGCCCCUUGUCUCCCUCUCAGUAGGGAUGCACUUUGUUGUCCCUUCUCAGUAGUGAUGCCCCUUGUUGUCUCCCUCUCAGUAGUGAUGCCCCUUGUUGUCUCCCUCUCAAUAGUGAUGCCCCUUGUUGUCCCUUCUCAGUAGUGACGCCCCCUGGUGUCCCCCACUCAAUCGUGACGCCCCUUGUUUCCCCUUCUCAGUAGUGACGCCGCGUGUUGUCUCCCUCUCAGUAGUGAUGUUCUUUGUUGUCUCCCUCUCAGUUGUGAUGAUCCUUGUUGUCCCCCUCUCAGUAGUGAUGCCCCCUGGUGUCCCCACUUAGUAGUGAUACCACUUGUUGUCCCCUCUCAGUAGUGAUGCCCUUCUUGUUCCCUUCCCAGUAGUCAUGCCCCCUUGUUGUCCCCCUCUCAGUAGUGAUGCUCUUUGGUGUCCCUCUAUCAGUAGAGAUGUCCCUUGUUGCCCCCUCUCAAUAGUGAUGCCACUUGUUGUCCCCCUCUCAGUAAUGAUGCCCCUUGUUGUUCCCCUCCCAGUUGUGAUGCCCCCUUGUUGUCCUCCUCUCAGUCGUGGUGCUACUUUUAGCCCUUUCUCAUUAGUGAUGCCCCUUGUUGUCUCCCUCUCAGUAGUGAUGCCCCUUGUUGUCUCCCUCUCAGUAGUGAUGCCCCUUGUUGUCCCUUCUCAGUAGUGAUGCCCCUUUUUGUCUCCCUCUCAGUAGUGAUGCCCCUUUAUGUCCCUUCUCAGUAGUAAUGCCCUCUUGUUGUUUUCCCCCUAUCAGUAGUGAUGCCUCUUGUUGUCCGCCUCUCAGUAGUGAUGCCCCUUGUUGUCCCCCUCUCAGUUGUGAUGCCCCCUUGUUGUCCUCCUCUCAGUCGUGAUGCUACUUUUUGCCCCUUCUCAUUAGUAAUGCCCCUUGUUUUCCCUUCACAGUAGUGAUGCCCCUUGUUGCCUUGUUGUCUCCCUCUCAGUAGUGAUGCCCCUUGUUGUCCCUUCUCAGUAGUGAUGCUCCUUUUUAUCUCCCUCUCAGUAGUGAUGCCCCUUGUUUUCCCCCUCUCAGUAGGGAUGCCCCUUGUUGUCUGCCUCUCAGUAGUGAUGCCCCUUGUUGUCCCCCUCUCAGUUGUGAUGGCCCCUUGUUGUCCGCCUCUCAGUCGUGAUGCUACUUUUUGCCCCUUCUCAUUAGUAAUGCCCCUUGUUGUCCCUUUACAGUAGUGAUGCCCCUUGUUGUCUCCCUAUCAGAAGUGAUGCCCCUUGUUGUCCCUUCUCAGUAGUGAUGCCCCUUUUUGUCUCCCUCUCAAUAGUGAUGCCCCUUGUUGUCCUUUCUCAGUAGUGAUACACCUUGUUGUCCCAUCUCAGUAGUGAUGCCCUCUUGUCUCGCUCAGUAGUGAUGCCCCUUUGUUGCCUCCUUCUCAGUAGUGAUGCCCCUUGUUGUCCGCAUCUUAGUAGUGAUGCCCCUUGUUGUCCCCCUCUCAGUUGUGAUGCCCCCUUGUUGUCCUCCUCUCAGUCGUGAUGCUACUUUUUGCCCCUUCUCAUUAGUAAUGCCCCUUGUUGUCCCUUCUCAGUAGUGAUUCUCCUUAUUGUCUCCCUCUCAGUAGUGAUGCCCAUUGUUGUCCCUUCUCAGUAGUGAUGCCCCUUGUUGUCCCUUCUCAGUAAUGAUGCCCCUUGUUGUCCGCCUCUCAGUAGUGAUGCCCCUUGUUGUCCCUUCUCAGUAGUGAUGCCCCUUUUUGUCUCCCUCUCAGUAGUGAUGCCCCUUGUUGUCCCCCUCUUAGUUGUGUUGCCCCCUUGUUGUCCUCCUCUCAGUCGUGAUGCUACUUUUUGCCUCUUCUCAUUAGUGAUGCCCCUUGCUGUCCCUUCUCAGUAGUAAUGCUCCUUGUUGUCUCCCUCUCAGUAGUGAUGCCCCUUGUUGUCCCUUCUCAGUAGUGAUGCCCCUUUUUGUCUCCCUCUCAGUAGUGAUGCCCCUUUGUUGUCCCUUCUUAUUAGUGAUGUCCCUUGUUGUCUCCCUCUCAGUAGUGAUGCCCCUUGUUGUCCCUUUUCAGUAGUGAUGGUUCUUGUUGUCUCCCUCUCAGUAGUGAUGCCCCUUGUUGUUCCUUCUCAGUAGUGAUGCCCUCUUGUUGUUUUGCUCAGUAGUGAUGCCCCUUGUUGUCCCCCUCUCAGUUUUGAUGCCCCCUUGUUGUCCUCCUCUCAGUCGUGGUGCUACUUUUAGCCCUUUCUCAUUAGUGAUGCCCCUUGUUGUCCCUUCUCAGUAGUGAUGCCCCUUUUUUUCUCCCUCUCAGUAGUGAUGCCCCUUGUUGUCCCUUCUUAGUAGUGAUGCCCCUUGUUGUCUCCCUCUCAGUAGUGAUGCCCCUUGUUGUCCCUUUUCAGUAGUGAUGGUUCUUGUUGUCUCCCUAUCAGUAGUGAUGCCCCUUGUUGUCCCUUCUUAGUAGUGAUGCCCCUUGUUGUCUACCUAUCAGUAGUGAUGUCCCUUGUUGUCUCCCUCUCAGUAGUGAUGCCCCUUGUCUCCCUCUCAAUAGUGAUGCCCCUUGUUGUCCCUUCUCAGUAGUGACGCCCCCUGGUGUCCCCCACUCAAUCGUGACGCCCCUUGUUUCCCUUUCUCAGUAGUGACGCCGUGUGUUGUCUCCCUCUCAGUAGUGAUGUUCUUUGUUGUCUCCCUCUCAGUUGUGAUGAUCCUUGUUGUCCCCCUCUCAGUAGUGAUGCCACUUGUUGUCCCCCUCUCAGUAAUGAUGCCCCUUGUUGUUCCCCUCUCAGUUGUGAUGCCCCCUUGUUGUCCUCCUCUCAGUCGUGGUGCUACUUUUAGCCCUUUCUCAUUAGUGAUGCCCCUUGUUGUCCCUUCUCAGUAGUGAUGCCCCUUGUUGUCUCCCUCUCAGUAGUGAUGCCCCUUGUUGUCCCUUCUCAGUAGUGAUGCCCCUUUUUGUCUCCCUCUCAGUAGUGAUGCCCUUUGUUGUCCCUUCUCAGUAGUAAUGCCCUCUUGCUGUUUUUCUCAGUAGUGAUGCCCCUUGUUUUCCCCCUAUCAGUAGUGAUGCCCCUUGUUGUCCGCCUCUCAGUAGUGAUGCCCCUUGUUGUCCCCCUCUCAGUUGUGAUGCCCCCUUGUUGUCCUCAUCUCAGUCGUGAUGCUACUUUUUGCCCCUUCUCAUUAGUAAUGCCCCUUGUUUUCCCUUCACAGUAGUGAUGCCCCUUGUUGUCUCCCUCUCAGUAGUGAUGCCCUUUGUUGUCCCUUCUCAGUAGUGAUGCUCCUUUUUCUCUCCCUCUCAGUAGUGAUGCCCCUUGUUUUCCCCCUCUCAGUAGGGAUGCCCCUUGUUGUCUGCCUCUCAGUAGUGAUGCCCCUUGUUGUCCCCCUCUCAGUUGUGAUGCCCCCUUGUUGUCCGCCUCUCAGUCAUGAUGCUACUUUUUGCCCCUUCUCAUUAGUAAUGCCCCUUGUUGUCCCUUUACAGUAGUGAUGCCCCUUGUUGUCUCCCUAUCAGAAGUGAUGCCCCUUGUUGUCCCUUCUCAGUAGUGAUGCCCCUUGUUGUCCGCAUCUUAGUAGUGAUGCCCCUUGUUGUCCCCCUCUCAGCUGUGAUGCCCCCUUGUUGUCCUCCUCUCAGUCGUGAUGCUACUUUUUGCCCCUUCUCAUUAGUAAUGCCCCUUAUUGUCCCUUCUCAGUAGUGAUGCCCCUUGUUGUCCCUUCUCAGUAAUGAUGCCCCUUGUUGUCCGCCUCUCAGUAGUGAUGCCCCUUGUUGUCCCUUCUCAGUAGUGAUGCCCCUUUUUGUCUCCCUCUCAGUAGUGAUGCCCCUUGUUGUCCCCCUCUUAGUUGUGUUGCCCCCUUGUUGUCCUCCUCUCAGUCGUGAUGCUACUUUUUGCCUCUUCUCAUUAGUGAUGCCCCUUGCUGUCCCUUCUCAGUAGUAAUGCCCCUUGUUGUCUCCCUCUCAGUAGUGAUGCCCCUUGUUGUCUCUUCUCAGUAGUGAUGCCCCUUUUUGUCUCCCUCUCAGUAGUGAUGCCCCUUGUUGUCCCUUCUCAGUAGUGAUGCCCCUUGUUGUCCCUUUUCAGUAGUGAUGGUUCUUGUUGUCUCCCUCUCAGUAGUGAUGCCCCUUGUUGUCCCUCUCAGUAGUGAUGCCCCUUGUUGUCUCCCUCUCAGUAGUGAUGCCCCUUGUUGUACCUCUCUCAGUAGUGAUUCCAUUUGUUGUCCCUCUCUCAGUAGUGAUGCCCCUUGUUGUCUCCCUCUCAGUAAUGAUGCACCUUGUUGUCCCUUCUCAGUAAUGAUGCCCCUUGUUGUCUCCCUCUCAGUAGUGAUGCCACUUGCUGGCCCUUUCUCAGUAGUGAUGCCACUUGCUGGCCCCUUCUCAGUAGUGAUGCCCCUUGUCUCCCUCUCAGUAGUUAUUCACCUAGUUGUCCCUUCUCAGUAGUGAUGCCCCUUGUUGUCUCCCUCUCAAUAGUGAUGCGACUUGCUGCCCCCUUCUCAGUAGUGAUGCCACUUGCUGGCCCCUUCUCAGUAGUGAUGCCCCUUGUUGCCCCCCUCUCAGUAGUGAUGCCCCUUGUUGCCCCCCUCUAAGUAGUGAUGCCCGCUUGAACUGUCCAGCUGAAUCAGGAAUGUUUGGGAGCCAUGCAGCAGAACUUGGAGAAAUAUAACAUGGUCACCCCCUACAUGCUCAUCACUGCAGCUCAUCUCUUAGAUUUUCCAGACUCCUGAAUGUAAGUCAUUAUAUAACUGGGCUCGUCACUAGUUGAUAACUGCAAUGGCGGCCAUAUUGUUGUCACCCGACUUUCCUAGAAAUAUGCAAAAAUAACUCAAAGGUGGAUAAAAGUGCCAGAUGCAGCGUCCAUUAGGGCUCCUUCACAAAGGCGGGUUUUCCAUCCGUGUAGUGAACACACAGCAUCCGGACUGAAUCCUGACCCAUUCAUUAUGUACGUUUUUCACGCAUCAUCUUUGCGUUCAGGAAAAAUCGCGACAUUUUCUAUAUUGUGGCUCAUUAAAAAAAUGGAGGCAAUACGUUUUUUACUUAUGGCUACUUAGAGAUGUAGAUUGUUAUUCUUCAUGCUCGUGAAAAACACAUGCAGCCCGGAUGGAAAGAAACCGCAAACGCUGAAAAAACGGAUUGAACUUGCGUAAAAAACCAUCAGUUUUCCCCUAAACAGAUCCUGACACAAUCUGUAUCACUCGUGCGAAAGGGGUCUUAGAGUGCAAGCUCUGCGACCAGCAUCCCUGGCGGACAAGGGUCUAUUUUUAACCUGGUAUCCCUCCUUCCUGCGUCCCGGUUUCCCUCCUCCCCUCCUUCCAUGGCCCCCGUCACACACAGAUUGUGACGCUGGGUUAUGCAAUGUCUGACCCACUGACACACAUUUUCUGAGAGAGACAGAGGAACGAUGCCAGGAAACUAGAGCACACACAGGAGGAGGAGAAAGAGGCGCAGAAAACAACCAGAGACACAACCGGCUCUGUCACUGGCACAGGAGGACACACACAGACUGCACACACACAACGCUGACACCCAUCUCGCAGGUGUGUCCAAAGCAGAAAAACCUGGAACACAGAGGAGCAGAAUUACUACCUGGCAGAGACGUGAGAGGCAGAGGAUCCUCCGAGUAUCACAGCUCACCCAGAGGAUGCCCAGGCUGCACGACGAAGCCCACCAAGUGAUACCUACUUCAAUCCAUCAUCUCAAGAGCCAACGUUCAACCUGAGUGCCUUCAUCCAACUUUAACCCGGACCUUGCCGCUACUAACACGACAAGGCUUCUCUGAGGUUUACACGGUUGGGUUGACAUGGAAUCUCCUCUGCCCAACUACUCGGAGAUGCAGGAGGAGCAGCAUUCCAGGGGCAAAGCUUCUGGCAACCAAAUGGGUCCCGGAAGCGGGCGCCGUAAGCGAGAGUUUAUCUCCAACGAGAAGAAAGAUGCCAGUUACUGGGAGAAGAGAAGAAAAAACAACGAAGCUGCCAAGAGAUCCCGCGAAAAGAGACGUUUCCACGAUCUGGUCCUGGAAGGAAGGGUGGCGGCCCUCGAUGAGGAGAACGGGCGUCUGAGGAGCGAACUACUUCAGCUGAAGAUCCGUUAUGGACUCAUAAAUGCCGCCUCCUUUCUGGAAGCAGGACAUGGACUUGAAAGGUGUAAUAGUGGAGACGCGGGGUCGCUUCUGUGUAAUGGGGGGAAUUCGGCUUUCGCAUCUUCCUUCUUGGCAAUGAAUUCAGACUCUUCGGAGGCAGACAGCGGAGGCGGAGCAGCAAAUGACAGCUAUUCCCCCCGGGGGUCACUUUCAGACCUCUCAGACCAGUCCUCUCGAGACAGUCCGCUGCCAGGCUCUUAUGGAGAUGGGAGAGCAAUGGAAAAUGACUUUGCCAAUGGGUGCCCGGUGGACAGCAGCGCAUCCUCGAGACUGGCAGUGCCACGCGGGGGCGUGAUCCUUUAUAGAGUCGGUGGGCUCACAGUGGACCCUCAGUCAAGGCACAUGGCAAGUCCAGAGCUUGCAGAUCUGGGCCCCUUGAAGCACUUUGUCGGUGACAGUAACCCCCCUCCGCUACGCUCCUCCAUAUUUGUUCAUGCAGACAGUUUACAGACUCAAUACCAGCAGCUGAUGAAGACGGCGGCCGAAGACGAGGUUACGGGGGAUCUGAGGUCGCCCAAAUCUUCCCAUUCGGGCUACCACAGUGAGGACAGUGGCAGUGACGAGGGAACAUCUAAUUCUUGCUCGACUUUCUGGGAUAAUGCCGCGGGCGUGAAAUUACCGCAUAAACUGAGACUGAAAAGUCGGUCACAUGGACAGGAGAGCUGGUGGGCACACACGGGUGAGGAGAACCAACAGGAACAUUUUACUGUUUAAUGACUGAAGCCAAAUAUGUGGGCACCACUAUCUCUAUUUACCUGUAGGUGCCACAUCUUGGACUGCUGCACCUGUGUCACUGCUCUACGAUGAGGGUAGAAGGCGAUGACAGAGAUCUUGUAUAUAUGUAAUGUGAGUUGUAAUAAAAUCAUAAAAGGAUGU